AUGAUCCCGAUUACCUGCAACGCCGUGGGCGAUAUCCUCGCACUAGUGACCCUCUUCCUCGACAUUGCUCGAGCUCUAGACGAAGCCCGCGGUUCCCCCGCCAAAUGGCGUGCUCUCAACUCAGAGCUCAAGUCCUUGCAUAUCGUUCUGGCAUCUGUGGCUCGUGUUGCCGAGCACACCACGGAUACGCUCCUCCGCGACGAGAUUGUCCGCGAGGUCAAUCGGUGUAGUGAUGACGUGCACCGUGCGCUCGAGCGCGUGGCCGAGUUCUCUACGCUCGGGCGCGACGAGUCUCCCGACGAUGUUUGCAGCAUUAAGACUUCCUGGCCUAUGACAUGCUCCAUGCGCCGGGAGCAGGCGCCUGGCACCCGUGCCUCCUCUCGCCGACAUAAUCACCCAUGUUCGUGCACCCGGCUAUGA